AUGUCCAAGCUUUCCUCGUCUGACACCCCGGGCAGCAGUCCGGCCGGUGGGAACUCGGGCGCUACGUCCUCCUCGACCUCGAAAGAAACGUCGCCGCCGAACGCCGAAGUCGAAAUGAAGAACAUGCGACCCGAUGGCUCCAAAGGCUCCGUUCCGGUGGAAGAAGAUAUCAUGCAGCUGGCGCGGAUGGGUGAGAUUGGGGCCAUGCAGAACUUGUUCACGGCCAAGAAAUUCACGGCGAACCACCGCGAUGAGGAAGGCAUCACUCCGCUACAUGUGCGCUUCCCCCCGUUGUGGGCCGCUAUCAACAACCAGUAUGCCAUGUGCAGAUUCCUGCUUGACAGCGGCGCCGACGUAAACGCCAAGGGAGGAGAAUCCGUGGCCACGCCGGCCAUGUGGGCGGCCCAACGCUGUCACUACUAUAUCGUUCACCUACUGCUCAACCACGGUGCGGACCCGCUCCUGACCGACGUGCAAGGGUACAACAUCCUUCACCUGGCGACGAUCGACGGCAACGCCUUCCUGCUCGUGCUGCUCCUACAACAGGAUAUUCCCGUGGACGUGGUGGACCAGCAAGGCCAUACCGGAUUGAUGUGGGCCGCAUACAAGGGAUACCCGGCGUGCGUGGAUCUCUUCCUGCGAUGGGGCGCCAAUGCGAAUGCGGUGGAUGAGGGUGGACUGAGUCCUCUUCACUGGGCGUUGGUCAAGGGCUCGUUGCCCUGUGUCCUGAAGUUGCUGGAAUAUGGAGCGGACCGGUUUACGAAGACAAGAGAUGGCAAGUCCCCCACAACGGUGGCUCAGGAGAUGAACACGCUGCGGACAUGGUACCGCGCACUUAAUGAGCGCGGUUUCGACGCCGACGGCACCCAAAAGGAGAUGCCGCUGGGGAUGGCCAGCUAUGUGCGCAACAAAAGCCUCAUGGGCAAAUUUUUCUUCAUCUGGCCCUUUUUCACCGUCUUGAUUGCCAUUUGGAUUUUGAGCAACAUGGUGAUCUUCAUUGGCGUCCCGCUCAUGCUGCUGGUGGUAUUUGGGAUGCAGUGGAUGGCGCAGCAAGUUGCGAACAAAGGCCCGUCCGAGUAUCGUGUUCUUCAGAAGACACCGUAUCUAGCCGGUGUUUUUGCCGGUUCACUGUUCUGGGUGGGCUUCCGAUAUGUGUUCAAAGUAUUGCCCGCGACUUAUUCCUCGUCUCCAAUCUUGAACAUUCUUUUUGCGGUCUUCUUUGGCUUGACAGCUUAUUUUUACAUCAUCUCGAUGGUCGAAGACCCGGGCUACGUGCCGAAGCUGGGCAGUCGGAACCAACAGAGGGAGGUUGUCAAGCAGCUUUUCGAGCAGUGGAAGUUUGACGAGGAGAAUUUCUGCGUUCCAUGCAUGGCAAGAAAGCCGCUGCGGAGCAAGCACUGCCGGCGCUGUGCACGUUGCGUUGCAAAGCAUGACCACCAUUGCCCAUGGAUCGACAAUUGUGUUGGAGCCAACAAUAUCCGCCAUUUCGUGUUGUACAUUGUCUGCCUUGAAAUCGGCAUCAUUUUGUUCGUCCAGCUUACUAUUGCAUAUAUCAAUACUCUUACCGCACCUAUGAACGUUAAGUGCAAUGUCAUCAAUGACACGCUGUGCGACUACGUGUCUCGUGACACUUUUACCCUGGUGCUCAACGUCUGGAUCACUCUGCAGCUCAUCUGGGUGACGAUGCUGUGUGCGGUCCAGCUGGUCCAGAUCUCUCGCAACCAGACUACCUACGAGAACAUGAGGGGCAACUCGAUUGACCGUUCGUACCCGAGUUCGCAGGCUUUUGCAUCGGCCAUGACCGCAGGAACCACCUCACUGGAUGCGGCUGGCCUCUCAGCUUCGGGCCAGGGCCCCAACCCAGCCCUGGCACAUCCUCAUCCCCCCCGGCGGCGACACGGCUGUCUCCAACAGUGGUCAUCUCUGCUAGGGAUCGACACUUUCUUUGCUACGGCGCGGCAUACUGCUCGAGACGGGCUGGGCGAGGGGCGUGGGUCGUCACGGCCACAAAAUCCUUUCUCGCGUGGCGUGCUGGGUAACUGCCGCGACUUCUGGUGCGACCCGGCCCCUCUUUUCGGGAAACGCGAGUCUGGGUCUGGCAUGCUUGGAGGCGAGGUGGUGAACUAUCACCACAUGUACGAAGUCCCGAUGCGCAUGCGUAGCGGAGGCAGUCGAUCGCGCGAGGGACCUGGAUACCGCAGCGUGGCCGACGAGGACCCAGAGCAUAUGGUCUGA